AUGUUCAAGCCAUUACCCCAGGUUUUACAGGUUCAGAGACUGGCGACGCGACUGGGACGAACGCGACGACCGCUGCGACCGACACUCGAGUCACGGAUAUCAACGACAUCACCUCUUUCGAACGCUCUUAUCUCUGCACCUCUUCAUGCCAGGCGACAGAUGCCUAUCAAGACGGACAUGGCUAGCCAGGAGACGCCGAACGGCGUCGUGAAGGACGCCGUCAAGGACGUCCAGAUCAAGGGUGCCGGCGGCAAGGUCCUCCCGGAGCCUUACAACGUUCCUGCACAUGCUGGAGCAGCUGAAGCUCGAGAAACGCUCAGGCUGGAUCCGGGAGGGCGUGAAGCAGGCCGAGUCACAAGCUGUGCAGAGUCUAUGUGUCUCGUGCACGACCUGGCCGAAGCCUACGUCGGCGACAUCACGCCCGUCGAGGGCGUACCCGCGUCUGUGAAGCACGAGCUGGAGGAGAAGGCGAUGAGUGCUUUCUUGGACGAGAUGCUCGGUGGCCCGUCGAAUGCGCAGGCGAGGGAGAGGUUCAGGUCCCUCUGGGAGGAGUACGAGGCGCGGGAGACGCCAGAGUCCAAGCUCGUCAAGGACCUCGAUCGGCUCGAACUCGUCCUCCAGGGCGUGGAGUAUGAGCGGGGUAAGUCUCUCUCCAUGAAUAAUGAGCUGUAG